UUGACGAUGGAAACUUGAAACAAAAUCCUGGGUUCCGCACGUUAGCUGUCUCUUACUGAUCCCAUCCCAUCCGUUCAUCCAAGAGUCAAGGGCCGGAGCUUGUGAUCUUUCUUAUGUCCAAUAAAAUAAUACUAACUUAUCACAUACUACAUUUUCCUCUUCAUGGGCCAUGCCAGAUAACUUCAUUACACUAUGUUCAGAGGUUAUCGCUAUAAGCAUGUUCAUUAGUACCAACAGCGUAGUGUAAGGGAGAAUUCAACCCAGAAAACUGGGAAGAGAGGUCGGGUUGCAAAGUAAUCAAGAUGGGCAUGGGCCCCUCUAUUCAUUGCAGAAACAGCUGUAAUGUAGAUAUUCUUUGACACAAAUAUAUACAGUGCUGCUCCCCACCUGCUAUUAUUGAAAACUGCUUUUCAGAGUGCUUCAAUGAGUGAAUAUUAUCUGGGGAGGACUUGCAACAAGUUGCAAUAUGUAUAUUUAUGCCAUGGAAAUGAAGUGGGAUGCAUGCGGAGAUUUAAUUAAUGCAAUGGGGAUGGGACAGUUGCUCUUCCUCAAUGACGCAUAAUUGUUGUUUUUAAUGCCCAACUCAGCACAAUUUGAUAGUUGUCUUUUAGGUUAUGACGAGAGGUGGUGGGACUUUGGAUAUGCCCAGCAUUUGACUAGAGGUUUCAGAAAAAGAGAUGAUGUUGAGUGUGAAUUGCCGCUCUUCCUCCUCUUCUUGCCCCUCUCCUUCUCACCUGAGUUUCGCAAGUGCGCCUGAGAAUGGACUGCCCGGAAGUGUACUAAAUAUGUCACCCAGAAUAUCAUCCUAUUUUAAUCGUUUCGUACAGUCGGAGAGAAUAUUAUCCAACCAGGCUUCCCUGUGCUGGGAUUCCAAAAAUGCCGUGGGUUGUUCCAUCAACUCUAUUCCUUCCGAUGGUACUCCAACUCCGAAGUCUUCUGCAGAGCUGAGGGAGGAGAUUGCUACCCUUGAGGUCGAAAUUACGCAUUUGGAGCGUUCUCUUCUUUCACUCUAUCGGACAGCUUUCGAAGGGCAUGUAACCUCCUUUUCAAGUACUCCUGGACCCUACUUACAAUACAAGAUCGAAUCAUCGCCACUAGUUCUAUCGAAUCAGUUACAUCACAAAAUGGGGCAGCAUGUGUGCAGAGGUGGUUCAAUCCAUCAUGAUAAAAUGUCUCCUGCACAUGGUUGGGCCAGUUCAGAUAAUCAGAGUUGUGCUGCAAAUCUAAAACCAACAUCUAGUAGGGACCGGAAAAAUGUUGGUUCUGGUCAUCGUAGCCUAGCAGAUCACCUUGCUGCUUCUUGCAUUGAUAACACCCUUAACACUCCUGAUAGACUUUCUGAAGACAUUGUGAGAUGCAUAUCUUCUAUCUACUGCAAACUUGCAAACCACCCUCAUACCCAUUUAGGCUUGUCGACUUCUCCUAGUUCGUCCUUGUCGUCCUCUAGUAUAUUUUCUUCUAAGAAUCCAUGUGAUAGUUGGAGUCCACAUUACAAUGAAGAUGCUUCAUUGUACCCUCAACUUCAAGUGUCAAAAGAAGAUAGUGGACCAUAUGCUGCAAUGGUGGAAGUUCUGAAGAUAUGUUUAGACGACGACAGUUUCAAUUUUGCUUCUAAAAUGCUACAAAAUUUCAGGUCAUUGGUUCGAAUUCUUGAGAAGGUUGACCCAAGAAAGAUGAAACGUGAGGAGAAGCUUGCUUUCUGGAUCAAUAUUCACAAUGCCUUAGUGAUGCAUGCAUAUUUGGCAUACGGAAUUUGUAAUCGUAUAAAAAGUUCCUCCAUUUUAAAGGCAGCAUACAAUGUGGGCGGACAUUGCAUUAAUGCCCAUGACAUACAAAGCUCCAUUUUAGGAAUUCGAUCACACCACUCGGCUCCGUGGCUGCAAACACUGUUUUAUCCAGGAAGAAAAUUCAAGGCAGGGAGCAUCAGACAUGCAUACGCGUUAGAAUACCCUGAGCCACUAGUUCAUUUUGCGCUAUGUUCAGGGGCAUACUCUGACCCUGCGGUUCGAGCCUACACGGCGAAGAAUAUAUUUCAAGAUCUCAGAAUUGCUAAAGAAGAGUUCAUUCAAACUAGUGUCCAUAUCCACAAGGAAGCGAAGAUUUUCCUGCCAAAAAUCCUAGACUACUUUGCAAAGGAUAUGACACUAAGCAUGCAUGGGCUUUUGGAGUUAAUAAAUGAGAAUCUAUCAGAAGCUCAACAGAAGGCUAUCAAAAAAUGCAUGAAAGGAAGGGUCGAUAAGUUCAUCCACUGGUUACCACAGAGUUCAACAUUUCGAUAUGUGAUACAUGGAGAAUUAGCCAAAGGGAGAACAACAGCCUGAUCGGCCCUUGCUCUGUAUCAGUGUAUGUAGGAGGGAUCUUAAAGCGUUUGUUUUUGUUUUAAACAAAUAAGGGAUAAAUGUUAAGCUGUACAGGCCGCCGCCGGGGUAAUAUUAGAAUGACAAAACUAUAAAUAAUUUUUUUUGUUAGAUUUAAGCAAGAAUGUUGUCUCAUUUGUUCACAGCAUGUGUAAAUUAAUUAUUGAGAAAACACGUACCUUCACUGUUUGAAGAUGAACCCUA